ACUGAACGGCCGAGCCAAAUCAACUCGUGACUCCGGUGUGAACAGGUUCGAGUUCGAUCGCCACUCUGCCUUAGCCAUUUGCGAACGAGCUGUCCGUACCUCCGGAAUUUGCCUUGAGAACCUCCCGGCCACCGAUUGAUUGGAACGAUGGCCAGCAACACCCAGGGUAUCCAGCAGCUGCUGGCGGCCGAAAAGAAGGCUGCCGAAAAGGUCGGAGAAGCUCGCAAGCGAAAGGCCCGUCGUCUAAAGCAGGCCAAGGAUGAGGCCACCGAGGAGAUCGAGAAGUACAGAAACGAACGGGAGAAGCAGUUCAAGGAGUUUGAACAGAAGCACAUUGGAUCCCGCGAAGGAGUUUCGAACAAGAUCGACCAGGAAACCCGGAUGCGCAUCGACGAGAUGAACCGCUCGUUGUCUUCGACCAAGGAACCGGUGAUCCACGAAACGUUGGAGUUCCUGUAUGCCAUCAAGCUGGAGUUGCACAAGAACUACCGCCAGUAAGGACGGAAGAAGAAGGUGAAAACCCCAUGGCUAAGAAAAUGGACCGGCCGGACGAACGGACACGAAGUUGAUUUUCAUUGUAUUGAUUUUGAAGCAUUUACCACAUUUCCCGGAUGUUUCAACAUUUCGUGGAGAAAGAACUCUUGGAGUACGUUUAGGAAUUAAAGAAAUUCAUAGAUAGAUAUAUUGUUGGCCAAUAUCAGAGCAUUGAACUUGUUGAUUGUAUGGUGUGGAGAUCGUGAUUCAUAUAUCAUUUUAGAUUAAUAUUUACAUGUAAAAAGGAAACGCUUAAUGAUUAAAUAAAUUUAAGGUAACAUGAA